CAAUGAGCACGAGUAACACCAACAUCUCUCUAUUAUUUAUAGAGGCAAAGAAGAUGAGGGAAAAAAACAAAGGGAAAAUCCUCUGCCUUCCUAGCUAUAGCUAGAAAGUAAUGGAUUCCUCAGCAACUCUCAGAAGCCGUGCGCAGGUUGUCUCUAAAGAAUGGGACACCAUAGUCCCGGCAACAAAAUACCUGUCGUCUCGCCGGACGCCGUCCUUUUCCUCGUCGUCAUCACUUUCACCGUGUUCUUCUUCACUUGGGUCGUCUUAUUGUCCUGAUGAUUCCCCACUCAGCCCUGCCACUCCCCUUAGAUAUUCCAGCGCCGUUCCGUUUUCUUGGGAGCAAUUACCAGGAAUUCCCAAGAAAUUACAAGUACCCAAGAAGAAGGAAUAUUCCUCAUCAAAGCUCCUUCCAUUGCCGCCGCUGACCGCGCGCGCAGCUUCAACCUCAAAGAAAUUCAACUCGGAAAAUAUGGGGGAUCGGAGAAAGAGCAACACUACUCAUCUGCAGACUUUUCAAAGGGAUCCGUUCUUUGCCGCAAUGGUCGAGUGCUCCAAGGAUGAUGAUCAUCACGAAGAGAUGUCAAACAGUAGCCUUUGGAAUGGCGCAAAGGUGUCUAGGAGCUUAAGCGAUCGCUUUGGUUUUGUCAAUCUCUAUACUUCUUGCAAGAGAACUUGCGCAGUCUCAGAGUCAAUAAUCUAUCUUCCAAAGUCAAACGGAGCUUCCUAUGAUCUGAUUCACCGUCACCGUUCCCGCUGAAGUAGUACUACUUGUUUAUCUUUUCAAUGAUCUUCUGCCGGGUUUGUGUUCUUGUUGUUAUAAAAAAGUUACUGUUUUUAAUUUUCUUCCUCAAAUGGCACGGAAGUGAGGUGAGGACAAGCAUGUCCCUAAAAUCCAUAAGUUAAUGUAUAUCUCGAUCAUGUUAUUAUUAUAACUUGGAAGCACUACUCCUCUUUGCCUGCA